ACCCAAUGUGAACAUUUCCUUUUAGUUGACAACAGCGAGUGUAAAGAGACAGUGAGUACAGCUAGCAAAAUACUACACAGCAGGAAACUGUACACAAGACAACGGGUAAACAUUUAGCUUAGCAACUCUUACCUGAAGUCUAAUGUGUCGUGCAUAACCAAGGUUAGUGUUCACAGGAGUACACACAGCAUGCACUCUGGAUGGUCCAUUUCAUUGUCCUGCAGCCACGUACACUGUGUAUGACUAAGAUUUGAAGGCAGAUGUGGAUUCAGUGAAACUUUGUCAUCAAUCCCCCAAUCCAUCCAUGUGUAUAAUUUUCUUCAAGUUUGACCCCCGCCCUGCGUCCAAAAAUGCCUACAGGCUAAUUUUGGCUGCAAACAGAGAUGAGGUCUACAACAGGCCGUCCAAAGCUGCAGACUUCUGGGGGACCAGCAGUGAGAUCCUCAGCGGCCUGGACUUGGAAUGUGGUAGGGAAGGAGGAUCAUGGCUGGGGAUCAGCAAGCGAGGCAAGCUGGGUGCAAUCACCAACUACAUGGAAGGGCGUGUCAACCCUGACGCACAAGGAAGAGGAUUUCUAGUGUCUAACUACCUUAUGGACAAGGAUGUGGACAGCUACUCUUAUCUAAAGAAGGUGUCGGCAGAAAGCCACCUUUACAACGGCUUCAACCUCAUCACAGCCGAGUUCAAAGCCAAACAAGACAUUGUGUGUUACUAUGGAAACAGAGGCAGCCCUGAACCCAUCCAUCUAAAAUCAGCAGGAAUCUAUGGCUUGAGUAAUUCGCUGCUGGACACGCCGUGGAAGAAACUGCUGCAAGGCAAGCGCCACUUCACCAGCGUUGUCAACGACCAGUCGCUGUCCUGCGAUGGACUGGUACAAGAGCUGCUCACCGUCCUCAAUAAUGAGGAACUGAACGCACCUGAUCCAACUCAGGAGAGCCAGGGCAAUGGUAUCAGCAAGCCUCUGCUCCAGGCUCAGUCAGCAGUGUGUGUUCGCACCCCUAAUUAUGGCACAAGGACCAAUACAAUUAUCCUGAUAGACGCAGAAGGUAAUGUGACCUUCACAGAGCGCAACAUGUCUAACUGUGGUGACACAGGCAAAUGGAGCACCAAUUCUUUCCAGUUCAAACUGCAGGUGUGAAGACGUUAUGGAGGAAAUCCACUGUGUGCCUUUCUGCAUCACCCUCCACCCUCCCUGCCCCCCUCUCCCCCUCCUCGAGCUGCGCUUCAUAGCAGCUAUGUGAACAUGAAGACUCGUCUGCACUUUUUCUUAAGCUAGCUGACACUAGCGGCCUCAUUAACAUCAGUGAUAUGUAUUUUGUCUUCUUGAUUUAAGUUAUAAAAAUGCAUCUUUUGAAAAUGUGUGCUAAUUUAAAAGAUUGCCAAAGAACAUUUAUAAUUUUGUAGAGGCAAAUAUUGUACUUGCAUUUCACAAAACUGUGGGGUUGGGUCGCUUCGAAAAGUCUAAGACAUUACAGAUUGCGAGUAACCUGCUUUGAAAUACAAUCAGUACUGUAGUGCUCAGGAUUAUUUCAAUGCAAUCUCAUGUAUCCUUGAAGUACUCAACAUGGAGUUUAUGCACAAUUUCCAGACUGCGAUCUGAAAUUAUUUUCUGUUUAACACAAUAUAGAAUCAUUGGGUCUCUGGUAUUUUUCUAUAUAAUGUGUAAUCUGAUUAGACUUUACAGUAAUUAUCACAAAUUAGAGUUACCAACUACUGUAACCCUGUUAUGGGUAAUUUCAUUAGUUAUGCCCCAACCCUGCACAACAGUAGCCUCAGUGUUGGUAACAACCGAUGCUGAAUGCAAACCGUUUCAGGCACUGGAUCUCUAACCACUCCCAUGGUAGAAUAAUGCAUUUUACAGCUGCUCUACAAUAAAACAGUUUAUCCAAACACUCACAUUUGGCUCACCAAAUCAUGAUUGUUACACAAACACACUGUGAGGAACCCUUUUUUUAAGUAACUAAAUGUGUAUGUGCACCUGUUGGGUUGAUUUCUGCAUUUUAACCUAUACCCGAAAGAUAUCUGGUUCUUUCUUUUAUACCAUGUGUGUUUUUACUUCUGCUUCUUGUGUUCCUUACCCACACACGUUACUCAUACAGGUGUUGGCGCUAAUUCAACAGGAAACAUAUUCACGUUUACUAGCCUUUAGAAAGUUGUUAAGUGGCUCAGAAACUCAAACUGGAGAGGGCUUUGUGCAAAUAUUUAAUACUUAUUAUCAAUUCAUAGUAGCACUCUAUAGUUACUGAACUCAAAGAGAUUUAAAGAGGCAUAUUUCCACUAUCUUGUGUGGAGAGGGGUAUUUCAGUGAGGUCGCACUUAACCAAAGGCCCCCUCAUUUAAUGUCAACUCUUCAGGUGCCCAUAAAAAGCAGAAGAACCCUCACUUGCUAUAACUUGAAUAUUUUUAUGUGUCCUUUGGUCUACUCUCAGUAUUUGGAGUUUUCCUAUAACCAUGUGGCUGUUCCAUGCAGUGCACAACAGACCCAAUUCUUUAAAAAAAAUCUAUCAAGCCUUUUUCUUAUAUGGUAUUUUUAUAGGAAAUGUACAGGUUCAAAUAAUAGAUUAAUUACGGCUGAAUUCUAUUUAGCUUCUCUGAUUUUAGGGGCUUCAUUAUUGUUAUUAGUAAAGGCUGAGUUUUUCCUGCUAUAAAAAGUCAAAAUAUGCUGUGAUAAAGACAUGUGCUGCUUAAAUAAACAGUAUAAAAUA